GCCUCUGGAGACCCUCACUACAUCACCUUUGAUCGUAAGGCCUAUGACUUCCAAGGAACCUGCCGCUAUGUUCUGGUGACCCUCUGUAAUGCCACUGAUGAGCUCAAUCAGUUUUCCGUGGAAGCUAAGAAUGAGGCAUUGAAUGGGCAUUCACUUUCAACAGUAGCUGAAGUUUUUGUGAAUGUGUGGGGCUAUGACGUGCAUAUGUCAAGGGACAGAAGAGGUUUGGUACAAGUGAAUGGAGUAACUAGAAAUUUACCUAUUGUCUUGAAUGAAGGUAAUGUGUCUAUCUAUGCAACAGGAUCUCGUAUAGUUGCCAGCACUAAUUUCGGCUUGAGUGUUACCUAUAAUGGAUAUAGUGCAGUGUUUAUCUCCGUACCACCAAAUUACAGAGAAAAAAUAUGUGGACUUUGUGGAAAUUUUAAUGGAAAUCCAAAUGAUGACUUUCACACACCAUCUGGAACGAUAGUCACAUCUCCAGAUGAGUUUGGGAGAGCCUGGAAGGUGCCAGGCAACUACACGUGCAAUGAUGGCUGUGGCUCCUCCUGUCCACAGUGUACCAAUGAACAGCCUGCUAGAGAUCAGUGUGAAGUGAUACAGGCAGCUGAUGGGCCCUUCAGUUUCUGUCACGAGGAGGUGGACCCGGCGCCAUAUUUCAACGACUGUCUGUUUGACGUAUGUUUGUCAGGAAAUCAAGGCCACGAUCUCUUGUGCAGUGCCAUUGAAUCAUAUGUCAGUGCCUGUCAGUCUGCUAAUGUUCGUAUCUAUCCGUGGAGGGAGAACACCACCUGCAGUGAGUCAACAUGUUGUUUUAUUAUAUUUAUAUCUAAAUUUACAAGAAAUUUGCUAACCACUUAA